GUCAAGGUCGUAUAACAAAAUGGCGGCCGUCUGUUUAUAGAUAAGAUGCUAAGCAUCGUGCUCUCAAAGAUGAACGGGGCGGUUGUGCUGCUGGCUUUGGCGCUAAUAAUUCACGGAAGUCACGGCCGCCGUGUUGGUACAGAGCAGCGGCUGUACGGGGAUCUGUUCCAGUCCUACAACCCCGAAUCCCGACCGGUGGAGAACGCCAGUAAACCAGUCAUCGUCAGCUUCGGCAUCGCUCUCAAUCAACUCCUGGAUCUGGAUGAGAAGAACCAAGUUCUGACCACGGCUGUUUGGGUGCACGAGGAGUGGACCGACGAGAACCUGAGAUGGGACCCCGAGGACUACGAUGGCCUAGACACGCUAAUGAUUCCCUCUACCAACGUGUGGGUGCCCGACAUGUUCCUCUUCAACAAGGCUGGUGACAACGCCGAUGGCUUUGUCAACGUGACCGGCAGCAAGGUGAAGAUUGGGAACGAUGGUCUGGUCAGGUGGAUGGUGCCUAUUAUGGUUAAGAGUUCCUGCGUUGUCGACGUCACCUACUUCCCCUACGACGACCAGAAAUGUCACCUUCGGUUCGGUUCGUGGAUCUAUGAUGUUACCCAAGUUGACAUGCGCCUCAAUGCAGACAAACCAGACCUUGGUCAUUAUGUCCAGAACAGCGAAUAUGACCUGACAGCCGUUAGUGUGAGCCGAAGUCUGGUAGACAGCAACUGCUGUCCUGGCGAUGGCUCGCACGCCAUGGUCGACUGUCACAUCAGCGUCAAGCGAAAGUCGCUGUAUUAUGAUUACAUUGUCAUUGCUCCAACCAUAAUGCUUUGCAUCCUGACAUUGGUCAGUUUUCUACUCCCCUGCCACAAGGGAGAGAAGAUCAAUAUUGGGUUGACCGUGUUUCUCACCUUGUACGUGCUGCAGUUGCUGAUUGCUGAGAACGUCCCUGACACCAACUCCACGCCAGUGCUAGGUAUCUUCCUGUUCAUGGUCAUGACCUUCAACUGCGUCUCCCUCAUCAUGGCCACCUUGGUGAUGAACAUCAAGAAGCGAGGAGAGGACAAACAGUCACCCGCCAUUCCAAAAUGGCUGUUUUGGCUGUGUCGCGUCAUCCUCAGCAAAAUUGUCCUCACUAAGUACGCUUGGGAACAACCCGCCCCAAAUGAUCAGCACGAAUUCGAGACUGACCCAUCAAAUAAAAUUGAAGUCACCCUAAAUGGAGGCCAGCCUUCCGAAACUAUCCUUCAACCGGCAUGUGAUGAAACCGACCAAUCACCAGACGAGGCGACUUGUACGACAGAGUUACUUCCCGCUAGAACAACUGAUCUUUUGUUCCCGAGAUCCCGCAGCGACCGGAAGAUCUGUAACGACGGCCACAUCGAGGCUAUGAACAGAGGCGCAAUUGGUGAAGUAGGAAGCACCCGGAAGCCGGAUGGUCGAUUUAGUGUUACAAGCGUUCAUUACCAUUCGAUUCAGAUUAAGCGACAAUGGUUCUUUGUGGCUGAGGUUGUCGAUAAAUUUCUCUUUCUUAUCUAUCUUAUCUCGAUGACAAUAUCAAUUGGUAUGAUUCUGGUCAUAAUUCCGAGUUAUAAACUGUACUCGUGAAAUCUGAACGCGCGCACAGCACACACGCCCACACACACACACACACACACACACACACACACACACAAACCACCUACCACCUCCACACACAAGUCUGUUCUUCCAUAUAUAUCAGUAUUAGGGACAUACCAUUUUAUGCGAUGUCCUCAAGAAAUGUGUUGUGAACAAAAUAAAGAAUAGAUUUUCCUCCCUUCCUUCGAGGAAAUAAAUUACGUCAUGACCGAAUGAUACACAUUUGUCAAAUCCCAGACCAUACCCCCCCUCUCUCUCUCUCACACACACACACACACACACACGUCCACACGGUUACCGACUCGUGGGGGCAACGGGAAGUAGGAGACACUGCGUUUGUGUAGACUUAAUACAGGACUAACUAGUUUUUGCUUUGACGAUAGUUUGGAUUUGAAGCAUGUCCCAUGUACAAGUGUUUCCUUUGUACGCUUUGCAUAGAAAAUAUGAAUAUAGCAGGUGUAUCAAUUUCCGAUGGGCCAAACUCGUCUCCUUUUCGGAAUGACGAAGCUCCUGUCAUUCCGAAUCAAGAGGACAAUACUCGUGUUAUCUUGAAGGAAGGAAGACCACGCUUGUUAUCCCGAAUCAGGAGAGCAAAACUCGUGUUAUCUUGAAGGAAGGAAGACCACGCUUGUCUUAUCCCGAAUCAGGAGAGCAAUACUCGUGUUAUCUUGAAGGAAGGAAGACCACGCUUGUCUUAUCCCGAAUCAGGAGAGCAAUACUCGUGUUAUCUUGAAGGAAGGAAGACCACGCUUGUCUUAUCCCGAAUCAGGAGAGCAAUACUCGUGUUAUCUUGAAGGAAGGAAGACCACGCGUGUUAUCCCGAAUCAGGAGAUCCCUCUUGUCAGAAAGUGGACAGACAUAUUUCAUGGCGAGAUUACGAAACAAAGAACAUUACUCUGAGUGAUACAGUACGAAACGCAGGCUAAUGUCAAACGACUUGUGUGUUGUAGCAAUUUGUAUUCUGAACACAAAAUAUUUUGGGGGAUAUAAUUAUGAAAUUUGUUCACUUAAAGAAACCAUCCCCGAAAUAUUCAGGAUCCAAUACUUGUUGCGUUCAUUACUAUAUUAUUUAUUUUAGUCCUCGUGUACUUUACCGUACUUGUAAAUAUCAUGACGUCACGUUAUAUGAUAGUAAAGCGUCCGACUGUUAUUUAUUGCUGAAUAUUCAUUUAUAUAGUUCAGAAUAAAGUACAUUAAUGACCA